GUUUGAACACACCCAGAAGUACUUCGAGUAUCCGCCUUGUGCAUCGUUUAAAUUUCAUAGGGAAUACCUCUUCAAUUUGGUUAUGACUUUGUGUUCGUGACCAAACUAGUUUCAGUCUUGGUAACUCAGUGCGUGUUUCUGCUCGAGUCUCUUGACAGCUGACAGCUCGUGCAGAGUGGCUGUCACUGCACAAGCACCUAAUCGGUUGCGCAGAUAAAAGAGGGUAAUUACAGAGGGAAGAUGGCGCCGAAGAGACGGGCAGCGGCAUCUGCCAAGAAGACAGGGGCUAAAAAGGUGAAGCAGGAGGAACCAGAGAAACCCAAAGACGCCUUCACCUCAGCCAAGGAGGCCCUGAAGGCUGCAGGACCCCAGGUGAAGGCCAAGAAGAUUGACCAACACUGCAAUGUUGAAGGAGAGAUCUACGAGGAUUAUGACUGUAUGCUGAACCAGACCAAUAUCGGUCACAACAACAACAAGUUUUACGUCAUUCAAGUCAUCUUAUCAGAUUCCCAGUACUAUUGUUGGACCCGAUGGGGGAGAGUGGGCGAAUCGGGACAGUCCAACCUGUCUAAACUACCCAACGCAGAAUCAUCCGUCAAAAUGUUUGAGAAAAAGUUUAAAGAGAAAACGAAGAACAACUGGAGUGACCGUGAUAAUUUCCAGUCCCAUCCUGAGUACACCCUGAUUGAAGUGGACGGGGAUGAGGAUGCAGAGGUCAAGGUGGAUACUGUCGAUGGUGCAGCUGUAGCGGUCAGCAGGAACGUCCUUCCAUGCACCCUGGACCAACCCACUCAGAAACUCAUCGACCUCAUUUUCAGCAAUGACAUGUUCAAAGAAGCCAUGGAGAUCAUGAACCUGGACGUCAAGAAGAUGCCACUGGGGAAUCUGAGCAAAUUGCAAAUCGCCAAGGGCUUCGAGGUGUUGGAGGAGAUCGAGGCGGCCUUAACCAGCAGCGGCAGGUCUCGUCCAAAGAGAUCGUCCAACGUGCUGGAGGAGCUCUCGUCCAAGUUCUACACCACCAUCCCACACAACUUUGGCCGCCACAGACCAACCCCCAUCGACAUGAUGGAGAUACUAGAGAAGAAGAAGGAAAUGCUUCUGGUGCUGGCGGACAUCGAAGUUGCCCAGAAACUGAAGGCAGAGACGGAGAAGGCCCAGGAGGAGAUGAAGGUGGAGACUGUUCCCCACCCUCUGAACCAGAACUACGACUCCCUCAAGUGCAGACUCAGCUUACUAGGCCGAGACACUCACGAGUUUAAGGUCAUUAAGACAUACCUUGAUGUCACAGCGGACACAGACCGAAAACCUGUUAUCAUUGAUGUCUGGGAGGUGGACCGUGAGAGCGAGGCGGAGCGCUUCAGGGCGAACGACAGCCUGGACAACCGCCGCCUGCUGUGGCACGGCACCAACGUGGCGGUGGUGGCGGCCAUCUUGAAGAGCGGUCUGAGGAUUAUGCCGCACUCCGGCGGCCGUGUCGGCAGAGGGAUCUACUUCGCCUCGGAGAACUGCAAGUCAGUGGGAUACGUGAGCACCUGUAAAGGGACAGGAGUGAUGUUCCUGAAUGAAGUGAUCCUGGGGAAGGAGCACCACAUCACGUAUGAUAACAGCUCCCUCAGGAAAGCUCCGCAAGGCUACCACAGUGUUGUGGCCCGGGGCAGCGUGGAACCAGACCCCUCUAAGGAUGUCUCCAUCACCCUGGAUGGUAAGAAGGUGAUGGUGCCCCAGGGACCCCCCAUAGAGCAGCCCCAGUUCUCCGGCAGCUCCUUCGAUAACAGCGAGUACCUCAUCUACAACGAGAACCAGUGUCGCAUUCGAUACCUGCUGGAACUCAAGAUCUAGCUGGCAGGACUCAGGCUGAGGGGAUGAGAUCCUCCUCUCUGCUCGACGACACACGGUACAGAUUACGCCGUUAGAAUCUCCCACUGCCUCUCCCUCCCAAACCCAACCAAAGUGUCCUGAAUGUUUAGAAGACGUUUCCCUGUGCCUUUUUCCCGCUCUCCUGGAAGGGCUUGUUUCUCUCCUCACAGAUAUUUCUCAUGUGUGUGUGUGUCACAGUAUCUGCUGUCAGAUUGUACCGCACCACGUGUGUGUGUGUCACAGUAUCUGCUGUCAGAUUGUACCGCACCACGUGUGUGUCACAGUAUCUGCUGUCAGAUUGUACCGCACCACACGUGUGUGUGUGUGUGUGUAUGCAUAUGUACACAGUACCUAUGUUUAAGAAACAUUCUUCAAGGCCUCUCAAUAUUGAAUCUGUCAACUGUCACAUAACGGUUGUGCUUAUUUUGCUCGCUGCACUGUCAGCCCUGCUCCUGUAUAUUAGCUGUAUAACAGCUUAGUCUUGAGUUGACGCUACUGCAAUUUCCACUGGCUUGAGGGAUAUACUGUAUAAUAACCAAAAUGUUGUCUAUGCACGAUGAAUAAUAUUCUAUACAUGACUGUAUAGUGUGAAGUACGUAACGUAGAAGGUUGACCUCCACACAGUAUGUAUAAACUGUAUGCCUUUAAGUUUUUCUUUUUGGAAGUGUAUGAAGGAUGUUUCUGCUAUUAACCGUAUGCAAGGCCCUGAAAGUGUCUGUUAGUGUGCUGCAGUGUCAUGUAGCCUGGGUCAUUUCUCUGUCCUUAGGACCUGUGUUUAGAGCUGGGAAACACUUCCCUGCCUCCCCAGCAGAGGGCGUCUGCAUUAGUGAGCUAGAGAUUGAGGAUGUUGGACGCAAAUCCCUUAUUAUGCAAAACAUUAAAGACAACAAUUAUACUACA